GCCGGGGCGCUCGGGUCCGCGAGGCUGAUUGGCCGCGCGCCCCCCGCGGCCCCCGCAGCCCCGCGCGCCGGCUGAGGCGCGGACACGCGGCGGCGACGGGCUCGGGCGCGGCGGCAGAUAAAUCUUUACUGAUGAAAGAAGCAAUCUGAUUUGCCUAGAAGACCAUUACUGAUAAAAGAAGUGAACUGGUUUGCUUAGAAGUCCACAGUUUGCUGACCUGGAAGGAUAAAUCUUCAGCUUGUAUUGUUUGUCCUCAUUUUAAAACAUUAAGUGAAAAUGCCAAUAAGACCAGAUCUUCAGCAGUUGGAAAAAUGCAUCGAUGAUGUUUUAAGAAAAAAUGAUUUUAAACCUUUAAAAACCCUUUUACAAAUUGAUAUUUAUGAAGAUGUGAAAAUUAAGUGCAGCAAACAAUUUUUAAACAAGUUGGAUGACCUUAUAUGCAGGGAGCUAACUAAAAAGGAUGCUCAAACUGUUUCGACCGUUUUGGUUACAAUUAGAAGAUGCAGUAAAAAUAUCAGUAUUUUGGGACAAACUGGACUUCUGACUAUGAUAAAACAAGGACUAGUUCAAAAGAUGGUUACCUGGUUUGAAAAGUCCAAGGAAUUUAUUUUGAGUCAAGAAAAUUCAAAAGAAGAAUCUGUUAUAAACAUGGUAGAAGACCUAUUUGAUCUUUUAAUGGUGGUACAUGACACCAGUGAUGAAGGUAAAAAACAAGUAGUAGAAAGCUUCAUACCUCGAAUAUGUGCCCUGAUUAUUGACUCAAGAGUUAAUAUUUGUAUUCAACAGGAGACUCUGAAGAAAAUGAAUGCUAUGCUUGAUAAAAUGCCUCAAGAUGCCAGAAAAAUACUCUUUAGUCAAGAAAUGUUAAUUCUCAUGCGUAGUUUGGGAGAAAGGAUUUUGGAUGCUGGAGAUUAUGAUUUCCAAGUUGGUAUCGUGGAGGCUUUAUGUAGAAUGACCACAGAAAAGCAGAGACAGGAGCUGGCAUGUCACUGGUUUUCAAUGGAUUUUAUUGCUAAGGCAUUUAAAGGAAUUAAAGACUCAGAAUUUGAAACAGAUUGCAGGAUAUUUCUCAACCUUGUAAAUGGCAUUCUUGGAGACAAGAGAAGGGUCUUUACAUUUCCUUGUAUAGCAACAUUUCUUGAUAAAUAUGAGCUGAAAAUGCCAUCAGAUGAAAAACUAGAGGAAUUUUGGAUAGAUUUCAAUCUUGGAAGCCAAACUCUCUCAUUCUAUAUUGCUGGAGAUGAUGAUCAUCAGUGGGAGGCAGUGACUGUCCCUGAGGAAAAAGUUCAAAUAUACACCAUUGAAGUGAAAGACUCGAAGAAACUGCUGACUAUAAGCCUGAAAAAUAUAGUAAAAAUUGGUAAAAGAGAAGGAAAACAAUUGCUUUUGUAUUUUGAUGUGUCAUUAGAAAUCAUUAGUGUGACGCAAAAAAUUUUUGGUGCCAAUAAAUAUAGGGAAUUUAGCAGAAAACAAAGCAUUUCCGUGGCUAAAACAUCUGUACAUAUAAUUUUUGAUGAAGGUGGAUCACAGAUUCUAGUGCCAGAAAGUCAAAAUUCUUCAGCUGAAGUACUCUCUAGUUUGAAAGAGAAAUCUGACUCCCUAAAGGGAAUUGCUGAGCUUCCGCAACAUACCAAAAAUAUUAAUCAAGGGGACAGAAAAAAUAAUCAGCCUGAGAUUAUCACACCUAGCAAAAGGAAAAUGUCUGAAGCAUCGAUGAUUGUUCCUGGUUCAGAUAGAUACACCGUGAGAAGUCCAAUACUUCUAAUCAACACGUCAGUAGCAAGGAAAAAAAGUAAAUCGCCACUGCCAGUGAUGAGAUCUGUAGAAAACCCUGGUGUCUCUAAAACGUUGAAAAAGAAAGUAGAUAAUGCUGUGUCAAUGAAAUCCAGAUCAUCUGAAGGAAGGAAAAGAGGCAGUCGUACAGACAAACACGUAAAACCUGCUCAAAUUGCUGAAAAACGAACCAAAAAGGAGACUGAAUUUCCAAACCAAAAUUCCAGAGAACUCCAUGAUACUGCUUCUGAUCCACAGACAGUGGUGAAAAUAGGCAACACCACUGCAGUGGAUGGAACCCCUGUCCUCACACACGCAAGGUUAUCAGGUGUGUUGAACAGCUGUGGAAAUAAAAUGAAUUCCAGAUGUGCAUGUUGGACACCCGUAACGAAUAUUAAUCUGUGUCAGAAACAAAUAAGCGUUUCAUCAGGACACAAUUACAACCAAGAAAUUGUUCUUAGCAAAGAACUUCCUAAAGAAAAAUCAUCCUCUUCAAUAUCUAAUGAUAAUUCUGAAGAGACAGGAAGAACACCAGAGAAGAAAGAAAUAAUGAAGCGCAGCAAAAGAGAUACAGCAGAAGUUUGGAAAAGAAACUGUCAGCAAGGGAUAAACCAUUCCAAGCAUUUAGAACAUAAAAAGUUUGAGAAUACCAAUCAGAGUGACUGGCAUAUUGAAUCAGAAACUACCUUUAAGUCAGUUCACUUAAAUAAAACCGUUGAAGAGUCUCUGAUCUAUAGGAAGAAAUAUAUAGUGUCAAAAGACAAGGAAGAGUCAAAAGAGAAAGGAUAUACUGAUGCAGCAGAAUCCUUGAUAAACCAGAUUAAUAAGAGAUACAAACCAAAGGAAGACAUGAAUUCUACAAGAAAAUUAAAGGAUUCCUUGGUGAAUGGUGACUUUCCUAACAAGUUGGAUCUACAGUUCAGUAAGGAAAAAGUUCAGAAAAGAGGUUAUCGACAGCUGAAGACUACUCUUGUUAAUGUUACUUCUGAAUGCCCAUUGAAUGAUGUUUACAAUUUUAAUUUGAAUGGAGCUAAUGAGCCUGUUAUAAAACUUGGGACGAAGCAUCAUAAAAAUAAAAAUCUCUUUAGUGAUACUGACACCGAAUAUAGAUGUGAUGACAGCAGGACCGAUGUCAGCUGGAUCAAAGAAACCAGAUCAAAGCCCCAGCUGGUGGACUACAGCAGGCACAAGAAGGGAAAGCCGAGGAAGAUGGGCAAAGCCAGCGAGCAGUCCCGGCAGAGAGGAUCAUCCCCAGAAAGAGAACAACCAAGAUCUAAAAUGACAGCCAAGAAAAAUAUCGCCAAACAAGUAGAUGAAACAGUUUCAGAUUGGAGAACUAGACUUCGACGGAGAGCAACAAAAACCAAGAAAAAUUACAAAGAUCUCUCAAAUUCAGAAUCAGAGAGUGAAGAAUUUUCACCUUCACUUAAAGAGAAGCUGCUAGUGAAGGAGGAUAACCUCCAUUCCAGAAGCAAUGCCACAAAGCUGCCAAAGAAACAACAGAAUGCCUUCACUGUGGAGAUACAAGAACGAUCAAAAGAAUGGGAAGACCAGGCUGUGGUCAAGGACCUUCCCGCAGAUGGUGGUCUGGGCGGGUCGCCGCCCACCGGGAGCUCCUCCUCCAUAGAAGUCAUGAGAUGUAGAGAGGAAAUAACGGAAGGGGUUUUGACUCGAGGCUAUGACCAUAUAACAGGACCCUUGCCACCUGAUCCAAAAAGGCCAUCACCAGCAUCAUUAAACAGAAAAUAUGGAGCCGGAAGUUCAAGACAGUCACCCAGAAAUUGUGAGAAGAAUUUGCUGCAUACAAGAGAAAGUUGCUCACCAAUUCCACGCUCCCUUUCUUUUGGAAGUCGCUCGCCAUCACUCUUAUCCUUAUCCAGUGAAGAGAGGGAGAAAACAGGGCAGAACGUGCCCCCAGACACCGUCCAGGUACCAGACCCUAUGCCUCUUAAUCGCAAACGAAUGUACAUAGAGGACAACCUAAGUAAUUUAAAAGAAAUAGAAGAGCAAGAGGAAGGCAGAGGACGCAUGCUUCCCCGAAAAAUGUCAAAAGCUGAAGAUCCAGAGCUUCACUCGGAACCAGGAGAUAACGUAAGUAUUCCUGAGGAGCACUCGGAAACUGAAAAUUCGAAUGUAGAAAUGAUCUAUGAGAAAGCCAAUACGGAAAUCCAGAAGAAAGUUAAGGUUAAUGAAAAACUGAUGAAGUAUUUUACUAAGGAGUCUUGGAAAACAGCCCAACAACAUGUGAAAACAGUGAAACAUCACAUUCAGGAAUACAGGAUUAAAAAACUUGAUACGUUCCAGUUCAUCAUCAUAGAAGAGCUGGAGAAAUUUGAAAGAGAUUCACAAACUCUGAAAGAUUUGGAGAAAGAAUUUGCGGACUUUUGGGAAAAGAUCUAUCAGAAAUUUGCUGGCUAUCAAAAAUGUGAACAGCAGAGGCUUCACCUUUUGAAAGCUGCUUUAGAAAAAUAUGUCUUCUACAACACUGAUUAUGAAGAAACUGUUUUCACUACUGAGAUGUCCUCAAUGAAAGAAGACAUGAAAAUGCUACAAGAGAGGCUUCUUAAGGAAAUGCAACAAGAGGAUCUUCUGAAUGUGCGCAAAGGGCUGGUGUCAUUAUUCAUGGCGUAUGAGUGAUGUUGCUGUCGUUAGCUGGAGAUGAGUCCUGAUGAGUCGCCCGACGUGUCCCGUGGGAGCUUCAGACAAUGCUGUCUCUAGAUGGGAAAGAGCAGCCAUAACAUUAGGGCUUGACGCUUUUGUAGAAGCACGUUUUUGGGAAAACAGUAAAGGAAAUGUGUUGAUUUUAUAUUUGCCUUAGACAGAUUAUAUGAGUUAACUGUAUUAACUAAGUCAAUUCCUUAAUGAACUGAUAUUAGUUUUAAAUUGAUACUGUUUGCACUGAAUUACUAGCUUAAAAUAAACUACAAGUAAAAACAAUUUAGCCACACUCGAGAAGUCUGAUUUAACCCUUUCUCCUGAGUCGAAAUCGGUGCUUGAAGUUCCUAUAGCUGCAUCGUUUUAGAAGGCCAGAGUACCCUAAAAUACUUGCUAUAUUAUCUAAUCUUCUUAAAGCAGGCUGUUUUGUUACAUACACAUUAAUAAAGUCAAAAUAAAAAUCAAUGAUUUUUUCUAUUUUGUUAACAUUGGAUUGAACCAAAUCUCCUCCAGGCCUUCCCCAGUGUACAGGCAUGAGUGGGCCCGCGUGUCUGUGUGGGGGAAGGGCUCCCAGCUGAGCGUCACCCAGCUCACAGCAUCUGCCCAGAUGGACACAUAGGCAGGAAAGAUCCGGCUUUGAGAAAUCGCAAACUGACUCCCUGUUGUCUGUGGCAUUGACAACUGGGCCUGUGGAGACAUACCCCGGCCCCCAGGCUCUGAGCCACCUGUCGCACUGGACGCCUGGCUGCACCGGUGCCGUCAGCACAAGCUCCUGCCACCUUAUUAGGACCCAGACUUAGGACCCUCUGGAGUGGCUUUCAUGUUGCUCUUUGUAAUUCCAGGCUUUCCAAGGGCAAUCCCAGCCGUUAACUCCCCACGCUGCACACUUCCGCCCUUCGUACCCAGUCUCAUCUCCUUAGCCCUGACGAAUGCUCUCCUGGCCUGUCUCUUACAUUCAUUUGGUUAAACCUGAGCAUCACCGGAGAAGAGUAGCCACUCCGCAGUCCUCGAUGUCUUGUUUAGUGCCCACGAGACACUUCCCUGCACUUCCUGGGUUCUGGUAUGCAGUCACCUCUUACGGCAGUAGUGCCAGUCCUGUUUCCGUGGACUUUCCCCCACACAUUUAUUUAUGCAGCCCAUUCCGUUGAUACAAAGUUCCCAUCUCGCUGCCCCCCAACCCCACUUGCACUGGGAACACAAGGGUCUGCAGUUCCUGUUUCAACUCACAGGCUCGCUUGCCCCUUACUCCCUUCAGUUCUGCUUCAGUCUUUACCUCUCCACUGAAGCUACUUAAGCAAAACCCUCCAGCUUCUUCUGCCUAAUCUGAUUCCUUCUUACAUUGCUUCUCAGUACCAUUUCCUGGAACUUGCUGGCGUGUCUCCAGCUGUCUUUCCUGGCUUCUCUUUCACCUUGAACUGUGGUGUCAGUCCUGCACUGUCACUCUGCCUCUGUCCACCACUCACUGGGGACCCCGUGGCAGCCACCUUUACACCACUGGCUUCCACAUGGAGAGAAAUUGUGCCCUUGACCUUGGGUCUUGGAAUGUUACAUCACCUCUUUUGAUGGAAAGUUCAAAAAGUACUUUCACUCUCAAUCCUCAAUUCCUUGAGAAUCAGAAAUUCCUAGUUUGCUUUUCCUCCAGCAAACACUGAGCAAGUUCUGCAGAUUUUAUCGCCAAGUUAAUAUUUCAGUGCUUGCCCUUCCACCUUUGUUAGUACCAGCACCGUUUCCCGUGUGGGUGACUGCGAGAGCCUGGAAAAUGACUUGUCAGCACUCAAAUUUUCCUUUGCCAACUGUUUCUUCAUGUAUCAGGGGAUUCUUGCUAACGUGUCAGUCAUACUACGCCAUUGUCUUAAAUCCUCCCGGGGGGGGCAGGGGCUGGGGGGGGGGCAGAGGGACAGUCCAUAUGGUACAUAGUCUCCCAAACAGUACUUGGAGUAGCCGCUGAGCAGGACUGGGUGUCACCCAGUGCUCCCCAGACCCCUCCAGAAAAAUCACCAGUGACAGCAUACACUUCAGUGGGUCCAAGAGUCAGCCACAGGGGAGAUAGGAGAGACGGAACAGAGGCCAACAGGAA